AUGGACACCAUCCAGUGGGGAUCCCUUCCGGAGGAACUGCAAGUCAUGCCGUUCAAGAUUCUCUUCUACGGUCUACAAAUUCGUACAAAUUUCACUCACUAUCACAUUUUUGUGGGUUUGUCAAUGGUUGCGUACAGUUUCUGUGGAUUUAUGUCACUAAUCAAAAUUGCCACGAUGUGUUUUAUGUUCAAGUACAAUUCCCUGUGCUAUCGACUGGUCGCGGAGAAGAUUAGGAAGCUGCCACAGCCAACAGAUGAUGGGUCGACGAAGGUUAACAUCGGAGAUUUGAAAAAGCUUGUUGAGGUGCAUCGAAAAGCUUACAAUGUUACAAUAUUGAUAGAAGACAUUUGUCAAGUACCGUUGGCUUUGGAAUUCUUGACCUGUGUAAUAUUCUGGUGUUUGAGCAUGAUUUACAUUUCAAAGAAAAUCGACUUCAACCUAAUCAACGUGAUGAUCAUAUUUUGUCUGUCUCUGAUUGAGACGUUUGGCUGCUCCUUUCUGGGAUCGGAGUUGGCCGAGGAAGCCGAGGCAGUUGGCAAGGCCAUCUACGAUCUGCCGUGGUACGAGCACUCGGUUGAGUUGCAACGCUUCUACCGGCUGAUCAUUCAACGUACGCAACGGCCUACUGGGAUCACAGGGGUGAAGCUUUUCGUCGUUCAACGGACCACGUUUGCUAGUGUGAUUCAAAUGUCUUACUCAUACUACCUCGUUCUGCAGGAUGUUUUGAAUAACUUCUAAGAAAAGCAGAAGAAAUCCUGAAGAAUUGUUCUUUUGCACCACAAUCACAGUGUUGUUCAAGCUUAAUCACAAAUUCCUGUCACAGCAGUUCAAUACAACCAGUUUGAUCCAGAACUUUCCCAAAUCGUUUCUUUCAGCAACCGUUCAUCACUAGAAAUCCCAUCAAUUCAAACGGUUUGGAUCAGUUUACCGCAACCAAACAACAACCGCACACUCUUGACAUCGGUUCCAACGGUUUCGCUCCCCAGCUCCGAAAGGAGCAACUUUUUUCCUGCAACAGUCCACGAGAGCAGAAUUCUAAUAUUCCCCCAGAGCGGCACACAUAGCUCAGUUUUGGGGCGUAAAACCACAAGAAUGCCUUCGCCGACCAACCGAAGGGACCUUUCGUCAUCGGAAAGCAAUGAGCUUUUCCGAGACGAGAGACGAAAGUGAAACCUGACAAUGGCAGAAUUUUCCCUUUUUUUCCCUCUCCCCAAAAACGAGAUCAACGAAAUUUUCCUUUCUCUCCUUUCGGCCAAUGCGAAAUAAAACUUUUUUUUUCGUUAAGGGCAAUUUCGGGAAUGGAUAACAAUUUUUCCCCCCCGGAAACAGUUUAUUCUUUACCCAUGGCUAUCAGUGAAGCCGUUCACGAGGAGGAAAUCUCACGCACGAUAAACGAAUGGAUAUUGCGUGAGCGGCUGUUGGCUGCAUCUGUGGAUUCUUCCCCCCUUCUUUUCCACCAAAUUUGUUCGUGAAAAUGUGCUAAACUUAUGGGUAUCAUAAAGCAAAAUUGUGGAAAAAUUGCCCUCUCGGUGAGCAUUUGUAACGGAAAAAUGAAAAGUAAUCACCGAUUCCAGUGAAAGUAAUUCAUGAGAAUGACGUGGUUUAUUUUUAAAAGUAACAACAGCUUCAUGAGUUUUCUACAAAUUGUUCAAUUAUAAAAUUUAUAAAU